AUGCCAUCGAUGAUCGGCCGGCCACAGACACCGUUCCAGCAGCCGGGGCUGGUCCUGGUGCUGGUGCUAACGCUGGUGCCGGCCUCGUCGCCGCUCUUCACCAGGCCACCGCAGAAGCGCACCACCGCUACUGUCGGAGCCAUCUUCACAGAAGAGCAGAGAAGUGGACCUAUUGAAACGGCAUUCAAGUAUGCAAUUCAAACAAUCAACGAAGGCACGGAUAUCCUUCCGAACAUUACGCUCGAGUAUGAUAUCCGCUACGUCCACCGAGACGACAGCUUCCACACUGCCAAAAACGUAUGCGGUCAGCUGCGGCGCGGCGUGGUGGCCAUCCUGGGGCCGUCCGACCCGCUGCUCGGGCCGCACGUGCAGAGCAUCUGUGACGCCGUCGACGUACCGCACUUGGAGGCACGCGUCGGCGAGGCGGCCGGCGGCGCGGCCGGGCUCAGCGUCAACCUGCAUCCGGCGCACGGCGAGCUGGCCAGCGCUUACGGCGACCUGAUCGGCUUCCUCAACUGGAGCCGCAUGGCAGUGGUCUAUGAGGACAACGCCGGCCUGCUGCAACUUCAGACGCUGGUGGGCACGCCUCCGGGCGCCGACAUGGAGGUGUACAUCCGACAGGCCGACCCGGCCGACUACCGACACGUGCUCAGUGACAUCAAGAACAAGAACAUCUUCAAUGUGAUCGUCGACACCAGGACGGAAAGCAUCCCGCUGUUCCUCCGAGCGCUGCUGCAACUUCAAAUGAACGACUACAGAUAUCACUUCAUCUUUACUUCGUUUGACACCGAGACGUUUGACCUGGAGGACUUUCGGUACAACCUGGUGAACAUGACGGCGUUCCGGCUGGUGGCCAGCUCCCAGCCGGCUGUGCGGCGAACGGUGACGCGCAUGGCGGCCUUCCAGCCGGUGGGAGUGGGCCCCGUGCACCCGCGAGGCGUUCUACAGGCGUCGUCAGCGCUGAUGGUGGACAGUGUGAACGUGUUCGCUCGCGGUCUGCACGCCUUCACUGCCGGCCGUGGUGCGCCCGCGCCGCCCAAUGUCACCUGCGAGCGACUGACCGCCUGGGAGGACGGACUGAGUCUGCUCAACUCCAUCGCAGCGGUCCGACUGGACGGCCUGACCGGCCCGGUGGAGCUGAUCGAGGGCCGCCGCACCGGUGUACGUCUGGAGCUGCUGAAGCUGGCGAACCGCGGCGGGAUGCGCCCGGUGGGACGCUGGAGCCGCCGGCACGGCAUCACCAUCACCAACCGGACGGCCUUCUUCGGCACCGGCCGGCCCAACGUCACACUGCUCGUCACCACCAUCCUGGAGCGUCCGUUUGUGAUGGUGAAGAGCGGUAGCAACCUCACCGGCAACGCCCGAUUCGAGGGCUUCUGCGUGGACCUGCUGGAGCGGGUGGCCAAGGCGACCGGCUUCCAGUACCAGAUCGAGCUGGCGCCCGAAGGCAACUUCGGCACCCGCGACCCGGUCACGGGCGAGUGGUCGGGACUGGUGCGGCAGCUCAUUGAUAAGAAGGCCGACCUGGCCGUGGCCUCGAUGACCAUCAACUACGACCGAGAGAGUGUGAUCGACUUCACCAAGCCGUUCAUGAACCUCGGAAUCAGCAUCCUCUUCAAGGUACCAAAAAGUCAGCCGACACGACUGUUCAGCUUCAUGAACCCGCUGGCGGUGGAGAUCUGGCUGUACGUCAUGGCCGCCUACGUGAUCGUCUCCUUCACCAUGUUCGUGAUGGCGCGCUUCAGUCCGUACGAGUGGAACAACCCGCACCCGUGCUUCGACGAUAACGACGUGGUCGAGAAUCAGUUCAGCGUCAGCAACAGCUUCUGGUUCAUCACCGGAACACUGCUGAGGCAGGGCUCCGGACUGAAUCCUAAGGCGGCGUCGACUCGGAUCGUGGGCAGCAUCUGGUGGUUCUUCACACUGAUCAUUAUAUCCUCGUACACGGCCAACCUGGCGGCCUUCCUCACCGUGGAGCGGACGUCAACGAACAUCGAGAGUGCAGCUGACCUUGCCAACCAAGAGGAGAUUGAAUACGGAACGUUAGAGGGCGGCUCGACGAUGACAUUUUUCCGAGACUCGAAGAUCGAGACGUACCGCAAGAUGUGGCGGUUCAUGGAGAGCCGGCGUCACUCGGUGCUGGUCUCCAGCUACCAGGAGGGCGUUCAGCGCGUGCGGCAGGGCAACUACGCCUACCUGAUGGAGUCGACCACGCUCGACUACAUCGUGCAGCGCGACUGCAACCUCACACAGGUCGGCGGCCUGCUCGACUCCAAGGGGUACGGCAUCGCGACACCGGCAGGCUCUGUGUGGCGGGACCGUAUGUCGUUGGCGAUCCUGGACCUGCAGGAGAGCGGCGUCAUCCAGAUGCUCUACAACAAGUGGUGGAAAGAUACCGGAGACGUCUGCAAUCGAGACGAGAAAAAGUCCGACUCCAAGGCCAGCGAGCUCGGCAUCGAAAACAUCGGUGGUGUGUUUGUCGUCCUGCUCUGCGGCCUGGCUCUGGCCAUGAUCGUGGCCGUGCUCGAGUUCUGCUGGAACUCCAAGAAAAACGCGCAGACAGACCGGCAAUCAAUAUGCAUGGAGAUGGCGACGGAGCUGCGGUUCGCGAUGCGCUGCCACGCCCCCCGGCAGCGGCCGGCUCUGCGCCGCUCCUGCGCCCGCUGCCACGCCACUAACGCCACCUACGUGCCGCCGCCGCCGACUGCAGCGCCGCCUGUCGGCUGUGACGUGAUCGCCUCGCGUCUGGCCGAGAACGGUGGAUCAGGGAAGGUGCGACGGUCGAUGGGGUCUGCGGCCCACCCUGACGUGUGGGAGGGUGCCGGCUAGCUCUACUGCCGCAGCGAGACGCAGUGACAGGAGUCCUGACUGAGAGGACAGUGGUGAGGAGGUGAGGGAGAUCCGUGAAGGCCGUAGUACACCCCGGCCGGACAGGGGCAAAACAGUUACGAAGCAUCAAGCUGCGCGUAGUCUUCAUUUGAGAAGCCCUCAUCUCAUCCGAGCAGUUGUGACUGGUGAGGCCGUGAAAUGUUUUCUGAGAAUGUCUGUGUUCUGCUGAUCUCAUGGAGGCUGCUAUGGGAAGUGCGUUCUGCUAAGACCGAAGACAUUCGCCUCCAUUUUCGAGAGGCAUCGCGAUGAACAAUAGAGCAGGUUACUUAGGAGUCGAGGCGGCCUAGUACGGAGACUGAUGCUGCUUAGUGAAAUAAUUUUCUUAUGUGAUGUCCAAUGUUCAUGUCAGACACUGGAGCUUGGUAACGCAUUUGCUCUGCCCGAGUGCUAAGUAGCCGUUCAAAGGGAUCAUACUGAUCUUCUAUGGAGCAAACAAACCAUGUCAGAUUAGUCAACUGAGUUAGAUUAUUUGUGUGAUGAGACUGAUAAUUAUAUUUACAGUAUGACUUAAAAGUCAUAAUACAUAAAACACACGAAUCAUGAAGCACGUUAGUUUCAAUGAACAUAUAGUUUGCAGCCGAAUAUUACUUACUAAGAUCCCUCUUUCAUUGAGUAGGUGUUCGCUUAUGUGUAUCUCAGCCGGGGGAUCUAAUGCACUCGAGACGGUUUGAUGCACACCAGAGGACGGUCUAAUACACAAUAG